GAAAAAAAAAAAAAUACUAACAGGAGGCAGCGAUUCCUCCAAUAUUAGCCAAUCAUCCGGAUCCAUUCACUCUCUUCUCUCCCUCUGCCGUUUUAUCUUAUAAAACCAUUUUCUUGGGCAUAGCUUACCCAGCUCAGAAAUGUCUCCCUAAACCACUAUCUUAUAAAAAUAGACUAUUAUGCAUCUAGAGAUUCAUAAACUGUAUGCAGCAUUAUCAGCUGAGAAAUGGAUAGAAGAGCCUUUGAUGAUAGAAGAAGAAUCGGGACAGUUAAAGCAGCAAUUAAUAUGUACGGGGAAAGAAUUCUUGAAGGCAGUUCUUCAUUAAGGAAAUCCCAGAAAGAUUUACCUGAGCAGUCUUCUUCAAGAGCCAAAGAGUUGCACUUGGCAAAGAGAAACAUGGCUAGAUAUAAAGAAAGCAGAAAGAUAGCAGAGUCAGUGAAAAACCAAGCAGAAUCUGAGCUUUCAAAGGCUAGAAAGACUGUGAAGGAUUUAGCUCUACAAAUUGAAGAAUCGAAUUCCCAGGUGAAAGCAAGGGUACGGGAUGUGGAAACAUUAAAGAAGUCGAGCAAGCGUGAAGGUAAGGGUUUGGAUAUUAAGAGUUCUGAGAGUCAUCAUCAGUAUGCAGAAAUGAAGAAGGAAUUAGAACUUGUGAAGGAAGAAUUGAGUAAACUUAAGCUUGAUAUGGCUUCUGUUUUGGAAGAGAAAUCGCGGGCUGAGAAGGAAAUUGAAAGCUCAAGUUCUAAAUUGCUGCCUAAUUUGAGCUCUGUGGAUGCACUCAGGAAGGAGAUCGAGGAGGUAAAUGAGGAGCAUGUACUUGCUGAGUUAGCGCGAAUUGAGGCAUUGAAAGAGUUUGAAGAAAUUCAGGCUCAAAGAGAGGAGGAAGCAAGUGAAUUCUCAAUUGAAAUGGAGAAGACUAGAGAGAAAAUGAAGGUUGCUAAUGAGGAGAUUGAUCAUUCCAAAGAGCUUCAGUCUAAAUUGGCUGUUACAUUAACUGAUGUGGAUGUUUUACAAAAUGAACUAAAGGUUGUUAAAGAAAUUGAAAAGAAGGUACUGAGAAAUGACAGCCUGAAGCAUUCAGGAGGCAGUUUUCAAAGAAGCAAUGAAUUGGAGGAUUCACGGCCAUUGAGUUCUAUUGCAGAAGAGUUGGAGGCAGCGAAGGAGGAACUUUCUUCAGUUAAAGAAGAGGGUUUUCAGUUCAUGGCCUCAAUGGAUAUUAUAAGGAAUGAGCUCAAGCAUGUUACGGAAGAAACAGCUGAGUUGGAGAAAAAAGAACAGAAGGCAGAAUUAACAGUUCAAAAUCUGAAGUCAAAGCUUCUUAGAGCGAAAUCUAAACUGGAAAAUGCAACUGAAGCUGAGGAGAAGGCUAAAUCAAUUGUGUCCAAUCUGUCUGUCACACGUGAUCAGUUAAAAACAGAAGCAGAAGUGGCAGGGAAAGAGAAGAAGCUUAUUAGUGAAGAAACUGCUAAUGUUAAGGCAGAAAUCCAGAAAACUGAGUCUGAAAUAGAUGCAACUGAGGAAAGAUUGCAGGCUGCAAUGCAAGAACUCGAGGCAGUCAAAGCAUCAGAAGCUUCAGCUCUUGACAGCCUUCAAAAUCUUAUUGAAAAUGCCAUGAGAACCAGAGAUUUUGCUUCACAACAAACUUCCUCAAUUACCAUUUCGAAGUUUGAGUAUGAGUACUUAACAGGAAGAGCAGUCAGGGCUGAAGAAAUUGCGGAUAAAAAGGUUGCAGCAGCUCAAGCAUGGGUUGAAGCACUGAAAGCCAGCGAGAAGGAGGUAUUGAUGAGAAUCGAAAUGGCUCACAGAGAAAUCAGAGAGACUAGAGUGGAAGAAGAGCAGGAGGUAUAUCGAACCGAGAGGUCAAUGUCUGCAAAGAGAGCAGUAGAGGGAGAAAUAAGAAAUUGGAGACAAAAGCAGCAGAAGAAAACACAAGCUGAGAACCUGCAAAGCCAAACACCAAGAAAAUCAAUACAAAAUAAUAAUGGCAAUUCGAGUCCAAGAAAGUCCAUGAAAGGUAAUAGUAACUGGACUCCAUCUAAACGAGGAAGGGUUCGAAAUUCUGCCUCUCCAGCAAUCAGAACGACUCCCGGAUCAACUUCUUUUAUUAUCAGGAAGAAGAAAAAAGUGAUGCCAGAUCUAGUCAAGCUUUUUGGUGGCAAGAGAACUCGCAAGCAUGCAUAGCGUUCUUAAAUAUUCUUGUCUCCAUCUAUGGUUGAUCCUAAAUCUCCUCAGCAUUAAGAAUUUUGCAAGCUAACAGUUCAAUUGGUAGUUUUGGAAUUGGUGCUUGUCUUCCAAGUUUCAUUUGCUUUUAGAUUCACGAAUCUGAAACUUGGACUAGUAAGUUGCGUGAGGCUUUCAUGUAUAGCAACUGCAAUUUUCACUUCUUAAAUUAAAGUAUGUGCCAUCAGGCAGUGAUGGUGUGAACAUUCUUAUGGAA